AUGUCUCUCACAACCAUUACUACAACCACUACCCAACUCGACCCUAAAGAAGUCCAUACCUCACUGUCUGCUAGUAGUUCUAGUACGCUUUGUACACUACAUGACUCGGGCUCGUUCUAUCCUUAUCGAAUUUUGAAUAUCGAUGCUCAGGGAAUCCGUGCCUUUCGCCUUCCACUCCCGUCUAGCCAAACCGAAAUAUCAAUCACAAAUAUUGACGGCAGCAUAAGUUAUGUUUCGACUCGUGCUCGGCGUUGGUCUGGCAAUAGUGUUCUCUCACACCCAAAGCGUGGCAACUUGAUUCGAACUGAUUACUUCUUCGGCCCGAACCGAGACCCUGUGCUUUGUUUGUUACAAACAUCCAGUGUUUUGGCUGAACAGGUGAAGAUAACCGGUAAAUGGACUUCACGCUCUGCACGCUUCUCCAUGUCAACAGGUACGGCAUAUGAAUGGUCAUAUGCGAAGGAGAAGAAUGCCAAAGGGAAGAAGUCGAAUUUGAUUGUUUUGCGAGCGCUUUCAAGUUCAGAUAACAAAGAGAAGGAUAAUGACUCUCAAGACGAUCGUCGUGUUGCACAGCUUGUUCGCAGCACUGAUACUCGAACACCUGGGACAUCUAAAUGUGCUGCAGGCAAUGGAGGAGAGUUGCAGAUUGAUAAUUCGGCGUUGCAGGCCCUGCAACUUGACGAGUGUGUUGUCGUUGCGACUUGCCUUGUCAUGCUUAAGCGUGAGAUUGAUCGACGUCGGGUAAUUCAAAGUGCGGUCAUUGGAGGUGCUGGUGGAGGCUCUUGA